GGAUCGCGAUUCUUAACGUUUCCAUCGAUUCCACGGAACUAUGAGGAUACGAGGAUGAGUGCAAACGCAUGGUUAUGCCAACCAAACUCUCCAUUGUUACACGGUGUCACUGCGGAAUUAACUAAUAGAAGUCUUUGGCAACAAUUUCACGAGUGCAACACGGAAAUGAUAAUAACGAAGUCUGGUCGACGCAUGUUUCCGUACUUGCAAACAAAUAUAAACGGUUUACAAAAGCGUGAAAUUUAUCACGUCUUCUUGGAGAUAGUACCAGCCUCCAAUCAACGGCAUAAGUACAGCGGAUACGAAAACGGGAAUAAGAAUGGCAAUAUGAGUGGCUGGAGCACCGCGGGACCGGCAGAUCCACAGCAUCCCUUAAACCGUAGACUUUAUCAGCAUCCCGACAGUCCCGCAACUGGAGAGCACUGGAUGGAGAAUUCGAUCAACUUUAUUAAAUUAAAACUAACAAACAACGUCAAUGAUAAGAAUAACGUAAUAUUAACAUCAAUGCAUAAGUACGUUCCUAAACUUUGGAUAAUCCGUUGCACCAAUGCGUCGAGUUAUAAUGAGCUUUUUUCUCAUCCAGCCGCGUCGUUCAUUUUCAACGAGGCAGAAUUUAUUGCUGUAACAGCAUAUCAAAAUGAAAACAUCACGAAAUUGAAGAUCAAUAAUAAUCCAUUCGCAAAAGGUUUUCGCGAAACGGGACAGUCACGAUACAAGCGCAAAUAUCAGCAGUCCGAUCAACAAUCUCAAUUGAGUUUCAACCGCGCGGAUGAUGAGAGGGGCGUUUCUUUCUCCGACUCCGAUUCGAAUCACGUCUCAAGCGAACGAAGUAGUCUUGUAAGUUGUGACGAGAACUUGAUGCAGAAGUUGAAAAGCUAUAGACGUAGUAUAGAAAUUAACGCGGACAACGAUGUACGCAAUGAUGUUAGGCCAAUUGCCGCGAAUCCGAUCUUCCCGGAUCCAGCGGCAGCAUUGAAUAUCGAAAACGGAGCGUACCUUCAUAGACCGUGGUUGAAUUCACCACUACAUAGUCAAAUGAUACCACCAUUGUACUAUAAUCAACCUUUUCUAGACGAUACAUGGUAUACGAACCAUGUACAAAACUGUAUGACACUUCGUGAUUCCCAUCAGUUUCAGUUCAGUAAUUGUUACUGUGAUCAUAUAUUGAAUGUGUUUGGAGAACGCACUAUCAGCACUCUUAAAUCAUUCUGUCCUUGUUAUUCGGUUAAUAAACAAUAAAGAUAAAA